AGGAAUGGCGUGUCUGCUGCUCGCCGGCUCAGUCUUCUUCCCGGGACUCUACCUGCUGUUCAAACAGGCUCUGAUGCACCUGUGGGGCUGGAGCGAGGGGGAUGCCGCGACUGUGUCCACCCGUUUGGUGUCGUCGCUGCAGGCUGUCAUGGCAACAUGCAUCGGCGGCAUCAUCGUCGCAGCCUGCGCUGACAUCAUCAACGACAGGCACUGGCUGACGGACAGCUACAUCCUGUUUGCUACACCCUAUUUUGUCUACGAUGUCUUCGCCAUGUUCGUGUGCGACUGUCACAAGCACCAGGUCAAAGGUCACCCGCCGGGCAGCUGGCGCGCACCAGUGACCCGCUUCCUGAGGAGAGACGCGCUGAUGGUUCUGCACCACAUCUUCAUGGUGGCCUUCUGCUGCCCCGUCUCUCUGGUAACCACGGCUGUCGCUCUUGUUGUUUGGUCAUGCGACCCAGCGGUGUGCGUCCAUCAUCAGGUGUGGCGUGGUGGGAAGGGCGACUACUUCCAGGGGCUCUUGUUUAUGGCCGAGCUCAGCACGCCGUUUGUCAGUCUGGGCAAAGUCCUCAUCCAGUUCAAGCUACAGCACACGCUCCUGCACAAGGUCAACGGCGUGAUGAUGAUGCUGACCUUCUUCUUCUGCCGCGUCCUGCUCUUCCCUUUUCUCUACGUGGCCUACAGCAGGUUCGUCGGGAUCCCCGUCCACCAGGUGGCAGCGAUGGCGCCCUGGCAGUGCAACCUGGGUGCAGCGCUGCUGUGGCCGCUGCAGCUCUACUGGUUCCUACUCAUCUGCAGGGGGGCCGUCCGUCUGUUGACCCGCCCCCCACCAGGACAGGUGAGCGAGGGUCCUCCUGGCACCUUGAGACCCCGACACUCCGGUCACUGAGCCCAGUGAUGAUGGUGAAUAAACAACAGGAUGAUGGAGCAGUCGUUAGAAACAAAUCCCAGUUUUUAUUUGAAAUCAAAGAUGAGAACUUCUGGAAUCCAACCAACAACCUGCCGUGACUUGUCAGUACUGAUCGUCGCCGACCCACGAUCUAGGGUCAGUGGAGGGCGUCCAGCAGAGACUCAGAGCUGAGCUGCUCAGGUCCAGUCCAAGUGAACCCCAGGCGAGAUUUGAAGUUUGAUCUGGGGGCAGGGCGCCCCCUACAGUCACACAGAUAUGUUUUCAUAUCAAACAUUCAAGAGUGAAUUGUAUUCAGAAGUGGAACAGGUUCCUGUAAAUCGGCGGGGCGACACACUGGUCCUCACUUCUUCCAGACCUCCUCUCCAGAAAUGUAGGUGGCUUUCACGUGGAGCUUCUCAUCCAACAGAACCAGGUCUGCAGAAGAAAACAUUGUAUCACCAAGACAGUUGAACCAGUGCAAUGGAGCCUGACAGGCCUCCUCCAGGGCAGUGUUUUCCAACCCAUUUCUAGCCACGGCAGCCUUGGUUCAUUGAAAAAAUCCCGGGGCUCACCACCAAAGGAACCUGGGCCAAAGCGCACUUGUGCUUAAAGUCCGAUAGAAAAUCCCCAUUCAUUGGUGAAAAACUGUAGCUACUGACACUCGGUUGUUAUUUUGCCAGAAAUAAAUGUGUGGCAAUGUGGCAAAAUAUAUCAUGAGUUAUUUAUUUACUUACUUAAAAUAACUGUCUCUUUUGCAUGACUUAAUUGUAGUUUGGAGUUUCCAGACAAAUCCUUCGCUUCUUUGCCUGA